UCUCUUUCUGAAAAACAUACUAACAUCAGAUGUUGAUCCCAUGGCCAUUGCAGAAUGAAAUGACAUGUUAAUGAAAUAUAUAGAGCUCCGGCUCUUAAUACUAUUUUCCAUCAGAUUGAACCAUUUUUUAUGCAAUGCAAAAUGAAGGAUGUUUUCUUCUAAAUAACACUUUUGUGCAUACAAAAGAAUUAGUUUUGACAUAUGUACAUCCUCACCGUCACCUGAUUUCACCCAAAGCCCAAACAUGUGAAGUGUUGACAUCGAGCAGGGAUUCAGGGCAUUCAUAAUCUUCUGUGGGCUCAGCAUAUAAGAGGGGCCCUAAGCUCCCACUGGCCCUCACAGCAAGCCCAGCAUAGAGUUCCUCAACACAGUGCUGUGCUCAGAUCACCUCUCCCAUCAGCCGAUAUCACUGUGACUACCAUACUUCAGAAAGGUGUCUCUAAAGCCUGCACAGAGGUAUCCUAACUUCUCAAAAUGAAUCUUGAGGUGCCCAAAGCUGAGAUAAAGUCUGCCACUCGCGUCACCGGCGGCCCCUCUACCCCACGGAAAGGACCCCCCAAGUUCAAACAGAGGCAGACCCGUCAGUUCAAGAGCAAGCCUCCGAAGAAGGGAAUCCAAGGAUUUGGUGAUGAUAUCCCUGGAAUGGAGGGCUUAGGAACCGAUAUUACCGUCAUUUGUCCCUGGGAGGCCUUCAAUCACCUGGAGCUCAAUGAGCUGGCCAAGUACGGUAUCAUCUGAGCCCCCACUGAGGAUUACAGGCUGCAUCGAUACACUUCGUACUGCCGCCUCAGUCUUCAUCUUCUAACUUCAAAUGGAACUAUUUAAAAAAAACUACAAUAACGAACUGUAACAAACACAAACAACUACAAAAAAGAACUGUCCUCACGAGCAUACAUUGCUCAAGUUUAGCAUCCAUUACAUUAAAUGUCACUUGUUAGACGCUUUUAUCCAAAGCAACUCACUGUGGGCAAUCCCCACAG